AUAUUUUCCUCUCGGCAGCCGGCCGGCCGGCCGGGGGGAGGGCUUACCCUGAAAAUGAAAGUGGUGCGGGGAAUAAAGGGCGGCCCGGCCAGCGCCGAGCUUCUUUGCUGCCAGGGCUCGCUCGGGGAGUGUGAGACCCCUCCUCGGCACUUGUAUGAAGUUCGGCAACUUCCCUUUGCCCUGUACCAUGGCUGCCACGCUUGGGGACUUCUCCCCGGACGUCGAAACGGACGACUCCAGCCAGAACUCGGAGAAGGAUUACGAGGGCUACGACAAGAAGCUGAGGCGAAGAGAGAAGAAUAGAAUCGCUGCACAGAAAAGCCGGCAGAAGCAGACACAGCGGGCGGACAUCUUACACCAGGAGUACGAGCAGCUGGAAAGGGAGAAUGCUUUGCUGAGGAAAGAAAUCCAGACUUUGAGGGACGAACUGAAGCAGUGGACGCAGGUGGUACAACAGCACGAGCCGCACUGCGCCGUGCUGCCCGCAUCCAGCUCCGCCCUGGCCGGCAAGCCACAGGUGGACUUCACGGACUUCCUCCCCAACAACUGGCGGGAAGCGGAGCUGCUGAAAUUCUAGGGGGGGGGGACCACCGGCCACUACCGACAGGGAGCCCGCCGCUGUUCCACCUGGGCCUCGGGGCCUCUCUUUUGCGUUGUGAUUGUAGAAUGGGACUGAGACUGAGGGCGCUGAAGCUGAGAUGGCCACGGCUGCGGGACGACGGGAGUCUGCUCGCGGAAUGCUCGGGGCUAGCCGAGACCCGCGGCGAGGGACGGAGGCCGCUCGCCGAGCCCGAGCACUGUCAGCCCAGCUCCGACGCUUGUCCAUGACAGCUCUGAAGCUCUUUGCUGGCAGGAGCAGCUGGUAGUGUGGAGAAUGUGCCUGUGGAGCAGAGGGAGAGUGUGUGCGUGUGCAUGUGUGUGUGUGUACUAUAGCAUGAGAAGGAUCUGAUUUGUCACUGAUAGUGAGCGGAAAGGUCGAGCACCAAUACCGUCACUCGAUAUUUACCUGUACCAUUGGCCGCCCAGUCCUCGCCCACUCGGAGGGAGUUGAACCUGGGCCAUCUUCAAUAUACCCUGCAUUUCCUUUUUCCAGACAGCCGCUUUCUGGUGUCCCUAUCAUUAAUCGCUGGGUGACCCUGUCUGGCAACACGCCCUACAUAAAUUGUGCCCGUGCACCGAGGGAGGCUAAAGGCUUUGGGGGCGGGUCCGCUGGGAUAGCAGGGGGGUGUAAUGACGACGCGCACCGCAGGAAAGGAGCGGGGGUAAGUGGGGGUGUGUGGAACGUCCUGCCAGGGGUGGUGUAGAGACAGAUACAUUAGGGACAUUUAAGGUGAUCGGGGGUAAGUGGGGGUGUGUGGAACGUCCUGCCAGGGGUGGUGUAGAGACAGAUA